GAUUCUUUACUCAGUUCAGCACGGAAUCCAAGGAGCUUGAACUAAAAUGAAGGCUUCAUCUCUUGUGUGUAUGAUUGUUGUCAGUGUUCUACUCAUUCUUAGUUUGCGUAUUGUAAGAGUCAAGGCAGCAGUUGAGGAUAUAGGCGAAGAACGUUUUAAAGCUCAGCGGUGUCAACUUCCUCUUGGUAUGGAAGACGGGCGUAUCACUGAUUAUCAGAUCACAGCAUCGUCGAACUUCAGCUUAAAAAGUUCUGCACAUCGAGGCAGACUAGGCACUAAAAAAGGCGAAAAAGGUUAUGGGGCGUGGUCAUCAAAGAGCAGCAACAGUGGGUGGUUACAGGUUGACUUGGGAGACGUCUCCAUGGUAACAAAGGUUGCCACACAAGGAAGGCAGGACGCUGACCAAUGGAUUCAGAUGUAUCGCUUGAUGUACAGUAUUGAUGGUAUUCAAUGGGCAGAAUGCAGAGAUGCAAAUAGCGAUCGAGAGAUCUUUAGUGGUAAUAGUGAUCGGGAUGCCAUAGCAACCAAUAUCCUUAAACCAAUCAUAUACGCUCGUUACGUCAGAUUUGUUGUAACUUCUGCUCAUGGUCAUGCCUCUAUGAGAGUAGAAGUCUAUGGAUGUCGGAACGUCCAAAGUUGUUCUGUUCCUCUGGGCAUGGAAGACAAAAGAAUUCCUGACACAGCAAUAAAAGCAUCGAACUACAUCCACAGCAGUUAUCCAAGAUAUGGAAGACUUAACCUCGGCUAUGCAUGGUGUACUGAUUCAAAGGGUAAAUAUUUGCAGAUUGACCUCGGGGAGGUGAAGACUAUCACUAAGGUUGCUACACAAGGAUAUCAAGGUGGAACCUCAUAUGUUACAGCGUACCAAAUUGAACACAGUAUAGAUGGAAUUCACUGGGUGUUUUAUUAUACUCCAAAUAUGAAAAAAAAGUCUUUUCCAGCAAACAACAACUACUUUGAUAUUCAUACCAACACACUGGAGAACCAUAUAAUAGCAAGAUACGUUCGUAUCUGGCCACAAGCCUACGCCGUAGAACAUUAUUGUCUGCGAGCAGAAUUUUAUGGAUGUAAAGAAGAAGGAAAGUGUUCAAUGCCCCUUGGCGUACAAGAUGGAAGAGUCAAUAAUGAUGAGAUGACAGCGUCAUCAGCACAUAGUGAUGAUUUGGCUCCUUACAAAGGUCGCAUAAAUACAGAGGGCUGUGGAUGGCUAGCAAACGUACAGAACAAGAAACAAUGGCUGCAAAUAGAUUUAAGGACAGUGAAAAAAGUCACGGCUGUUGUUACUCAGGGUGAAUUUGAUGAUUAUUGGGUCACCGCAUACAAAUUGAAUCACAGUGUUGAUGCAGUGCACUGGGUUACAGUCAAGAAAAAUGGUAUAGAGAAA